UGCCAUUGAAAUAGGUCUUUGAGGAAGUGUUCUAUAGACACAGUAACCUGCACAGUGACCUCAACAACUCGCUCGAUGGCUUGCUUUUGAAACUGCACAUAAGGAAAUUGCUAAUCAGCGCUUGAAUAUAGAGUGAAUUCAAACUAAUGCGACUCGCGCGACUUGCCCGUUUACCAAUUUCCUUGAGUCCCACACGGUUUUGAAAUCGUGUUACUACAUGGUGAAGUUUAUCUCUCGUUGAAAUAGUAUAGCAGCAAGCGCGCGCUCCGUCAUGGUGCGCUCGGGAGCCCGCCGACGCCGAAUGCCUUGCUUCGGGCGCUGGGCGGGGCAGCUGAAGGACGACACGCAGAGUACAUGGCUCCUGGUGAGGGACUACCCAUCGAUCGUCGUAUGGCCGCUAGCGCUGCUGGCGCUCGUGCUCGGCCUAGGCCUGUGGGUGGUGCUGCACGCGAGCGACGUGGAGAGCGAUGGGGCCAAGCGCCUGUCCCAGUGCCUGGACAGCCUACAAGCGGCCGGCGGCGGCGGCGGCGACGGCGGCGGCGGCGGCGGCGGCGGCGGCGGCGGCGGCGGCGGCGGCGGCACCAGUGCCAACUCGACGCUGUACGACGGAAUGACGGCCGCGGUGGUGGUGCUGGCGGCGGCGGUGGCUUGGUCGCUGUUUGUGGGGCUCAUUGCCAGGCGCCGGCACCGGCUGCUGCUGGAGGCCGUGGUGCCGCCCGACGUGCUGCACGGCGCCGCGCCGGGCGGCACCAGGAGCAGCAGACACACAGGCACGGUGGCGGAGGUGGCGCUGGAGCUGUGCGGGGCGGUGCUGGCGGGUCGGCUGCCGGCGGCGGCGGAUGCGGCGUGGGUGCAGGCGGCGCUGCUGCGCGGCCGAGACGUGUACGGCGUGUCAGUGAUGGGCCUGCAGGAGCAUCUGCGGGCGGCCAACCUAGACGGCGACGUGGCUCGGGAGCUGAUGCUGCAGUUGGGCCAGUCGGUUGACCUCGGCGCCGCCAGCAGCCGUUUUGGUGGCGGCGGUGGUCCGUACGACUCUAGUGAUGGCGACGGUCUGUACGAAGAUUCAGGCGGCUGGUACGAAGAAGACGAAGAGACCAGUGGCGGCGGCAAGGGCGGCGUGCUGGGGCUGGGCGCCAGCUGGUUUGGCAGGGUGCUCGGCAGACGUGGCGGCGGUGGCGGCGGCAAGGAGCCGUCGGUGCAGGAAGGCCACACGGCGCACAUUGGGGCGCACAGCCGGGGCGGCGCAAGUGCAGCGGCGGCGGCCGCCGCCGCCGCCGCCGCCAUGGGCGCCGGUGGCGGCUUGGGAACGGCGAGUGUGGCGAGCGAUGAUGACGGGUACGGCACGAUUACGGCGGCUCUGACUUACAUCCUGAUGCCGCGCCUGCCGUACCACGCGUCGGAGGGGCCGCACGGUAAUGAGCAAGGUGUCGGCGGCACCGGCGUUGGUGGGCGGGACCGCCGUGCGUCUGUGCGGCUGGAGGGUGCGGCGGACUGUGGGGUUGACCGCGAGAGCCCGCACGGCGGCGGCGGCGGCUUGGGCAGCAGUACGGCAGGCGCCGGGGGCGGCCUGGGUGUACGGCUCAGGUCGUUCCUGCGGCCGUCGCUCAGCGCCGCCGCCACUGCCGUACAACAGCUCGGCAGUUCGCUCAGCUUCUCCGCAGGCCGCCGCGCCAGCGUCGAGGCCGUUGGCCUGCGCCCUGCCGCUGCAGCCGGCGGCGGUGGAGGCGGCGCCGUCACGCCGGGUGGCGGGCAAUGGGCGCUGUCUCCGCUGCCGCGCACUGGCAGUCUCGCACGCAACAUGCGUCGCUCAGUGGAUGUGCUGACGCCCGCCGCCAACCUGCUCGGCGGCGGGCCCGGCCUGUCGCCGGCGGCGCCGCCGGAUGGCGGCUCCAGCUUUGGCGGCGCCGCUGCCGUCAGUGCCGGCGGCGGCGGCGGGCACACGCCGACGUCAUCACGCUUCUUCCGCCGCCCACGCUCAACCGCGACUCUGUCCGACAUGCCGUCGUCAAUGGCAACAGCCGUGGCGGCGGCACCGGCGGGGUCGUCUCGCACCGGCAUGAUGAGCCCCUUCAGCGGCGGCACCACUGCCGCCGCCGCCGGCCCGCAACCGCACGCGCCGGCCAGCGCCCCCGACGCCGUCCUGCUCUCCGUGACGUCACCGCCGCUGACCGCAAACACGGAGCACGUGGGCAGCACUACGGAGAUAAGCAUCGGCGGCGGCGGCGGCGGCAAAGGUGGCGGCGGCGGCGGCGGCGGCCCCGGUACGUCGGUAACCCGCGCCUCCAGCAACGACACCGGCGGCGCCGUCAGCUCCCAUACCCUGGCGACGCUGAUGCUGCACUCCGCCGGCGGCAACCGCGGCGGCGGUGGCGGCGGCGGCGCGCGCGGCAGCCCCUAUGGUGGCACCGGCAGUGGCGCGCCGCCGAUGCUGCCGCCGCCGCCGCCGCCGCCGCCGCCGUCGGCGCUGCUGACGCCUGGAGCGCGUCGCGGCUCGGUCGGCGGCGUGAACUUCAGCAUCGCCUCGCCCGUCGACGUCAGUGCUAUGGCGGGCUCUAGCAGCGGCGCCGCCGCCGCUGGCAGUAAAACCGCCGCCGCCGCUGGCAGUACAACCGCCGCCGCCUUUGCGGCCUCCCAACAGGCUGGGCUGCGCGGCAACGCCAGUGGACGCGUCAGGUGCUCCAGCACACUGCUCACAGACGACGACUCGCCGCCGUCCGUGUCGGUGUCACGAUGGGCGAGCACCGCCGCCAUGCGACACGCUGGCGAGUCCGACGACAACAACGUCGGUGCUGGCGGCGGUGGUGUCGCCCACAGCGGCAGCGCUGGCGAGAUGGCGGUAACGCGCCGCGCCGCGUCCGCUGCACACCUCCUGGGUAACCUGCUGGCGCCGGCCGUGUUGAAGCAGCCGAGCUUGACGCCGGGGUCGGGCUCGCCGUUCCAAACGGCAGUUGCGCCGGAACCCACGCCUGGCGGCGUCGGCGGCGGCGACGGCAACGGUGCUGGCGGCGGCGGCGGCGGCGGCGGACAGCCGCAAUUGCGGGCGCCCAGCAGCCGCCGCAUGAGUUUCAGCAUCAUGCGCGGCGUCAAGAGCGCGCGCCACCUGUUCCAAGGCGCUGACCCGGCGCAGGCGGACGGCUCGGCGGCGGCGGCUGGGGCGGAGGCGAGCCGCCACGGCACGACGCCCUCACAGCAUCCACCGCACGCGUCGCAUGGCCACCCCGGCCACGGGCCGGCGAACCCGCACGCGCAGCAGCAGGCGUUGCUGGCGGCGGCGGCAACGGCGGCAGCGGCGGCUCCGCCGCCGCCGGCCAUGAUUGAUUCGGUGGAGCGGCUGUUGGCGCGUGCCGACGGUUGGCAGUUCGACACGUGGGCGCUGAAGGAGGCCACCGGCGGUUGGCCGUUGAGCGCGCUGGGGUUCUACCUGUUGCAGAGGAGUGGGCUGGUGCGGCGGUUCGGCCUCAAGCCGCCGGUGCUGGUCAGGGCUUUGCGCAAGGUGGAGGAGGGUUACGUUGACAACCCCUACCACAGCGCCACACACGCCGCGGACGUGCUGCAGACGAUGCACGUGGUCAUCCACGGAGCGCAGCUGCAGGUGCACUACCUGGACCCGCUGGGGCUGCUUGCGGUGUACUGGGCGGCGAUCGUGCAUGACUACGCGCACCCCGGCCUCACAGCUGACUUCCUUGUUGCCACCUCGCACCCGCUCGCACUCACCUACAAUGACCGCUCGCCGCUGGAGAACCACCACGCCGCCGCCUCCUUCGCAGUGCUGCGCCGCCCCGGACUGGAUGUGUGGGCGCCGCUGAGCGCCGAGCAGCGCAAGAGCCUGCGCAAGACGGUGAUCGACUUAGUGCUUGCCACCGACAUGAAACAGCACUUCUCGCUGCUGUCGCAAUUCAACACCGUCCACCGCCUGGCCGCAUUCCAGCUGGAGAAAAGCACCGGUGGUCCGGCGGCGGCGCCAGGCCCGGCAGGCAGCAGUGGCGGUGGCGGCGGCGCGGGUGGCAUGAGCAGCGGCCCCAAUGGCCGCGGCUCUGGCAACAGCGGGCCUUUUGGGUCUGCCGGCGGCGGCGUUCGGCUGCGGGUGCUGGGGUCGCAUGACAUCAUGCGUUCGCAGGACGUCAUGGACGGUGACCUGGCCAUGUACCGCAACAACGGCCCCAUGCACGCCGCCCGCCUACGCAACAACGGCAUGCUGGAUCUGUCCGACGUGGCCGUGACUUUCGUGGAGGGGGCAGCAGCAGCCGCAGGAGCGGGGGCGGGAGCGGGAGCGGGGCCUGGUGACGCCGCCACCGCGGCUCUGCUGCGACUGACGGCUCCACGGCCCGCGGACGAGACGGAGCGGCUUCUCAGCCUGCAGCUCGCGCUCAAGGUCGCGGACCUGGGCCACCUAGGCGAGGCGCUCGCAGUGCACGAACGAUGGCUGUCGGGCCUGGAGGAGGAGUUCUUCCGCCAGGGCGACAAGGAGAAGGAAUUGGGCCUCCCCAUCAGCCCUUUGUUUGACCGCACCAAGCAGGGCGUCAGCAAGGGCCAGGUGGGCUUCUACGAGUUCGUUGCGCUGCCCCUGGCGCACGCGCUCGCCUCCGCCUUCCCUGGGGCGUUGCCGCUCUUCAGCUGCUUCAUCGCAAACUACAACCACUGGCGCGUGGUGGAUGGGCAGCGGCCGGUCGCCAUGCCGGCGCUGCCCGCAGCCGCCAUCAAGAAGAAGUCGCAUGGAGGCGCCGGAGGUGGAGGUGGUGGGGGCCUUGGCGCGGGCGGCAGCGGCAUGAGCAAUGCUGCGCUGAAGGUGGCGUAUGCUACCCAAGGCGCGCCGGGUGGCGGCGGCAUGGAGGGAGGGCGCAAGACCCGCAAACCCGUGCGCCGAAGCAAAAGCGUGGCAGGCUUGUAGGCUGCGCAGAUUGUGGUCAGCAGCCGUGUUGUGCGCGGGCCGUGAUCGCGUGCUGAUUGCGUUGGUAAGAAAGGUGUUGGGUUUCUUGGGCUGCUGUCACUGCUAGAGAUGCCAGAACUAGAGGGGCGCGGCUUGGCUGGCAGGCAAGGCGAUUGGAGCCGGGCUGCGCUGCGGCAGAACUAAGGAUGGCUGGCUGGCUGGCUGGCUGGCUGGCUGGCUGGCUGCUGGCACACAUGAAGAACGAUUCUUGUGGGAUUGUGGGAUUUGGGUUGGGGCGCCAGAAGGCCCAGCCAACAUACGGUACUGCACGGCGUGGUACACAGCCUUGAAGGCUGGGGAACGAUUUGGAUCUAACGCACCGUCAGCUGGGUCAGGCAGGGUCAAGGCGGCUACUGAGAGGUAUGGGCGAUUGGGUGCUGCAAAUGUGUGGUAUCUGGACAUGACGGAUCUGGUCUACGUACGCAUUCGUUUCCACAACACUCGUCAUUGACGGAUGGCGCGGAGUAAUGUUUGAUACGCGAUUUUGGCAACGGGAGUCCGCUGGACCAACUACCCCUGCUGGACUGGGUUUGAUUUGCUUUCAUAAAUGGGAGUGUUAUCACGAGGUUGUCGGAGUGCUGAGCGGCGGGGUGCAAUCCAUUGGCACAGCCUUGGUCUAUGGCAUGUGCAUGGGCAUUGUUCUCCGGCCUAGUAUGAUCACGAUAGUAGCAUUUCUUUGCAUCAUGCACAUAAGCCGGGGCCGGCGAUGUCCUUUAUCCGUAGACGGACAAGCAAUUACAUGGACUUGGGAGGGCUGCCACCGCCCGCUGGACUCUGGUACGAUAUCCUGAUGGAGGUUGCAAGAGGCUAUGUACGGCACGGCUGUACCGCCGCACAACUGAUGAGCGGCAGGCAUUGGUCGGGCUGAGCCUUUCAUGGAGAACGGAGUGAAGGGGGGCGGGGGCGUUGAAGGCAGUAGUGGUAUACCGUACUGGUAUGACCUGGAAUGAGGAGUGGACGUGGGUUUGCAUGCAAGGGAAAAAUGGGCUGAGCCCACGACACAUUUCCAGGCACAAGAGCAAAACCAUAAUAACAAGCUAGCGGCCGAAUCCAUGCAGUGAUCGCGCGCACGGCGGCCGAGAUGUCAUCAAGAGGAUGGGGAGGAUGGGAAAUGCAGUCUGUACCUUAUUUUGGGCUGGACACCAGGUAUGCAAUUCAUGUGUAUCAAUCGAUGCCGGCAUUCAUAACAUUGUGUCAAUAACUAGUUGGGAAUCUUGGGAUUGCUUGAAGCGAUGUUAUAGUGCCGCAUGCAGGUGCUUACUUGCGCAUGUGUGCAUGUCGGCUCGCGAGCGGGCAUGUGGGCUGGCGGGCGGGCAUGUGGGCUGGCGGGCUGGCGUGCUUGCAUACACGUUUGCGCUGCAAGACUCCAUGGGUUGGCAAGAGCAUGCGACCCUGAGCCCUUACUUUGAAUAGCUAGCAGGCAGGGUGCGGAUUGAGGGUUGCUGUUAGUUGCGGCAGCACAACACCUGUGGGCGUGCACUGUUUCCGUGUUCCGCCCACAUCACGGGAUGUACAACAAUCCUUCUGUCAGAGUGUCUUGGUGCAAAGGUCCCUGAGGAACGUCAAUGGCGGAGGGGUCUGUGCGUGUUUGGUGGUACUUGGAAGACAAGAAGGACGUUCCGUUUUGAUGAGUGGGAGGGGCGAGACGGACAGGUGGUGUAGGCAUGGUUCUUGAGUGGAAAGGUCGGCCCAUCCAUACAAGGCAUGUAUGGUGACCGCGCACUACUGCCAGGGGGAGCAGUCGGAGGAGCCGACGUACACGAAGGUGGCCCAAGAGGUGAAUUGGUCAACCCAGCCACGCCACACCCGGCGGCAUGUUGCACACAAGCGACCUCCAAAACAACCGCCACUCCGUCCAGCCCCGCACAAGGCUCCACCCACGCUGCACGUACACUUGUAUCUUAUGCUAGCCACUGCCCCUGACUAUCACAGGAUCGCUAACUCAGUAAGCGAUUUGACUCGUCCUUACGGCAGAAGGGACCCGGGUACGAAUCCGGAUAAAAAGCCCAAUUAUGCAAAAGGCGAAAGAUUGGUGUGAAACCGAUUGGUGAUCCCACGAAUGAAGGUAAUUGCCCAUAGCGGCAAUUGCGGGCUUAUGCCCGCUGCAACCUAGAAAGGUCGUGGUGCAGAAGUCCGAUUUAGUGGCGAGGUCCAAGGUUCAAGACAAGGCUCACUAUCCAAGGCUCGAGGAGGAGCGCCAUGGCUCCUCGGUUUGCAUGAACUGGCAGUGCUCCACUACUAUAACGCGGCGCUUCCCUAGCUCGAUAUGCUAGGUGUGCAGGCUUGGAUGUAGUGGACUUUGAAGAGCGGCCUAGGACUUGGAGGUUGUAGUUUCGGAGGUUGUGACUCUUUCGUGGUGAGGCGUCAGCGUGAGGGGGGCGGGCCAGUGUUUCCAAAAGCUUAUACAAGGUAUUAGCGUUAUAGUACCCCACGGGUACCUGCCUGCUCAAGACAUUUUACUUCCAGUACCCGGGGGCCGAAGGCCCCGUCUCCCCUUCGUAGGGGGGGUUCGGGCGGGCGGAAGCCCCCCCCAAAAUU